AUGGAUACGUUGUUUAGACUUGUCAGUUUUCAACACCAACACCAACCUCAUCAAUCUCUCAACUCCACUACAACAACAACAUCUAGUAGCUCUCGAUCCUCCAAACAAAACUAUCACCAAUAUUACCCUCAACAACAAGAAGAAGAAUGCUUCAACUUUUUCAUGGAUGAAGAAGACCUUUCCUCAUCUUCUUCCAAACACUACUAUCCUUAUAAUCAACCACAAACUUCAAUCACUACUAAAACCUCCACACCCCCACCACCACCUCCAAUUGAUCAUUUCAACUUUGAGUUAACCGGAAAGUGGGCCCACAACAUCCUCCUCGAAACCGCACGUGCCAUAGCAGAAAAAAAUAGCAAUCGUUUACAACAACUCAUGUGGAUGCUUAACGAACUAAGCUCCCCUUACGGCGACACGGAACAAAAACUAGCUGCUUAUUUUCUCCAAGCUUUAUUCUCUCGUAUGACCGAAGCUGGGGUCCGAACCUUCAGAACCCUAGCUUCUGCUUCCGAGAAAACUUGCUCGUUCGAAUCAACACGAAAAACGGUUUUGAAAUUUCAAGAAGUUAGUCCAUGGACAACUUUCGGCCAUGUAGCUUGUAAUGGCGCAAUCUUAGAAGCAUUAGAAGGAGAUUCAAAGUUGCAUAUAAUUGAUAUUAGUAACACAUAUUGCACUCAAUGGCCUACGCUUUUUGAAGCGUUGGCGACUCGAACCGAUGACACUCCACACCUCCGUUUAACCACGGUUUUAACUGCUAGUGGUUCUGUUCAAAAAGUCAUGAAGGAAAUUGGUGCAAGAUUAGAGAAAUUCGCUAGACUUAUGGGGGUUCCAUUUAAAUUCAACGUUAUUCAUCACGGUGGCGAUCUUUCCGAUUUGGAUUUUUCCGGUUUGGAUAUUAAGGAGGAUGAAGCCUUGGCGGUUAAUUGUGUUAAUACUUUGCAUUCGAUAAGCGUUGGUAAUAGUAACGGUAGCGGUAACCGUAACCGUAACCGUCGAGACGCGUUGAUAGGUUCGUUGAUGAGGUUGCGUCCGAGGCUAGUUACGGUGGUGGAAGAAGAAGCUGAUUUGGAUUUUGGUUUCGAAGGAUUUGAAUUCGUGAGAGGUUUUGAAGAGUGUUUGCGGUGGUUUAGGGUUUAUUUCGAUGCAUUGGAAGAGAGUUUUCCGAAGACGAGUAACGAGCGUUUGAUGCUGGAGAGGGAGGCGGGGAGAGGGAUAGUUGAUUUGGUGGCGUGUGCUCCGGCGGAGUCGAUGGAACGGAGGGAGACGGCGGUGAGGUGGUCGCAGCGUUUGCAUGGCGGAGGGUUUAAUACGGUGCCGUUUAGUGAUGAAGUUAGCGAUGAUGUGAGAGCGUUGUUGAGAAGGUAUAAGGAAGGGUGGUCGAUGACGCCGUGUAGCGACGCCGGAAUAUUCUUGACGUGGAGGGAACACCCGGUGGUGUGGGCCAGUGCAUGGAGGCCUUGA